AUGUCGGUCACGGUCAAACACCUCAAUGCCGACUCGACGUUCCUGCUCCUCUUUUCCCCAGAACCGAGCCCUACACCCGCCGACCUGACCUCCGCUGGCGGUGCAUUUGGUGUUCUGAUAGACCCGUGGCUGAAUGGGCCUUCGAUCGUCACUGCACCUUGGUUUGCCAGAACCGAGCACCAAGUUCCGAGCGCAAUCCAGCAUCUGUCCGAGAUCGAGGCACCAGAUGUGGUCGUCGUGUCCCAGAAGAAGACGGACCAUUGCCACAAGGAGACGCUUCUCCAGCUGCCGCCAGAAGCCAGGACCGUCAUUGUCGCCGAACCCGCGGCGGCCAAGGUCAUCAGAAGUUGGGCUCAUUUCGAUCCCCACAAGGUCCAUGGCCUGCUCAAGUAUGACCCCAAGGUCAAGUUCGGGCGGUCGUUUCGAGUGUCGAUCCCGCCUCUCGGUGCAGCAGGAUUUCCAGGGGAGGUCACCAUCUCUUUCGUGCCCGCCAAAAACUACAUGACCGGUCUACACAAUGCCUUCGGGAUCACGUACCAACCACCUACACGCACAAAAUCUCUCGCGCCUAUCGCGACCGUGGACUUGCCAAAGAUGACAAAAUACUUUCAUAUGCCGCUGAGUCCGAUGACCGUCCCGCCUUCAAGCCCAUCCCAGCCAUUGUCCCCUCUCAGCGUCAAACCCGUGUCCUUUGACCAGCCACGCGAAGCGUACCGUUCCAGUCGGCGUUUUCAGCAUCGACCCCACCUGUCCAGAUCGUCCAACACGGCCUCGUCGGAGCUCCUCCCGGCCUGGGAAGAGACCGCUGUUCAGAUCAACUCAGCGUCCGGCGCCGAGGACAUCAUACAACAAACGUUGACUAUGCCUGACCGGGCUCGGUUAUUGGAUAUUCCCUUUCAAUUCGACCUCGACCAGCCGCCUGGUGGUUUCAACGACUUGCCAACGCCUCCCCAUUCCCCGAGCGCGACACUGGUCGACACUUCUGUCCCCAACUCCCCCAGACCGUCGGUAAUGGCUCCGCCCACGACCGUCCUCCAGUAUCGUAAGUCGAUGGUGCCGCGACACCACAAAUCCCUUUCCAGUUCCUCGUCGACGCCGUGUUCGUCGCCCAUUACUCCGCCUCGCCCCAAGGCACUGUCCGUCAUAUAUUCACCCCACGGGGUGGCGCUGUCAGACCUCCAGCCAUACGUUCAGCAUCAUCUCGUGCAAUUGACUGGUGCCCUCCCGCUCACAUUGCUGUUGCAUUCUUUCGACCGAGCCGAGAAUCCAUGGUUCCUGGGCGGAAACAUCAUGACCGGGAUGGAGGGCGGUGCCGAGAUCGCACGGGCUUUGAUGGCCAGGUGUUGGAUCAGUGCUCACGAUGAGGCCAAAGAUGAUCGUGGCGUGAGCGUUAAAGCGCUCCGUGUGAGACGCAUCACGGCACCGGCCGUGCAAAAACAUCUUUGGGAAGGAGAGCAGGGAGCCUGGUUGAAGCGGAAAGGUUGGAUGUGCGAUGUUAGAAGCCUGGACAGCGGUAAGGACAUGUUGAUAGGGCCAGUGAGGGAUUUGUGCUCGGGCAUGGAAGGCAAAAGGGAGUCUCGCUUGUUGAGGUUUGGGCCUGAAGAGGUCACCCCCGCAGCCUGA